AUGACAAAAAAACAAAAUCAUGAACUUUAUUUUCAAAAAGUAAAGCUUCCAGUUCGUAUAAUGGAAACUCUAUUCAUUAUAAUGGCCAUACGUUGCAUAUAUUUUGUUAAACAAAGCCAAUAUAAAAAUGAUCAAACAUGGAUCAUGUUAAAUGGUAAUAUAAUCCGUCAGAAUGGUUUAGAUAAUUAUGCCAAUCUGUUUAUAUUCGCAAUGAUCAUUCAAGCUCAUCUUUUUUUAAGAAUGCUUUAUUAUAAUAAUCCAUGUGCCAAUCUAUUAGAUCGUGUAUUAAUUGGUAAAAAGAAACAAGUAUUUUUUCGACCAUAUCGUUAUCGAACAUAUUUGGCCAUCGAUUUUGUAGAAUUUGUAAUAAAAAUAUGGCUUUAUGCAAUAUAUUAUUUUGUCAUUUAUAUUGAAUUAUGUAUGAUUGGAUUUUCUUUGACUGCUUAUCAAUUCAUUGCUGAACAUUCGAACGAAUUUUUCAACCACGGAUUAUAUUAUUACGGAUCAGUUUGUCUUCAGCAAAUAAUCUGUAUGUUUGGCAUACAUCUGAUGUUCGCUAUGUGUAGCAAUAGUUUUCAAAAAACAAGUAAACGAUUCAUAUCAUUGUUGGCCAUUAAUCGGAAAAAAAUUCACCUAAUCAGUAUUGGUCAACAAUUAAAAAUUAACAAUUAUGGACAAUGUUUUCAUACAAAAAAUAAAUAUGGUCUCACUUAUGCCAGUAAUCAAUUGGUUUCAAUGAUGGGAUUUGUCAAGUAUUUGUUACUUUAUUCACAGGCAUUCAUGUUUAUUUAUACACAGAUGAUUGGGCCGAUCAAAUGA